AUGACCGUUGAGGUUUCUCCAACGCCCCGUCACGUCAAAACCACCAUCAAUUACUACAAAGACCCAGGGGAUGGGACUGAGCAUGCUGCGAGUCUUGCAGGCAAGCGAAGCACGUUCAACCAGCCAAAUGUAGAUUUCGGCGUUGUGGUGACAGACAUCACCGGGAAUGAGGACCAUUACACUCUUGACAGCCACGGAUUUCAAGUUUUCCACCACGUAAGCCAGGAGAAGGAGUUCAUAGACGAGGCUCGUAUCAAGGAAGUCUACUAUCCUGAGAUUGAGCAGCUGCUCAAGCGUGUUACUGGAGCCUCGCGAGUUUUCCUUUUUGAUCACACCAUCCGCAAGCCGAAACCCGAUGCCGCGGACCCAGAUGAUGAGCGCCGCCCCGUAAAGCGUGCUCAUAUCGACCAGUCGGAGCAGGCCUCCAUCAACCAAGUCUUGCGGCACCUCGGCGAGGAUGCUCCCCGGCUGCUCCAGUCACGCUUCCAGGUCAUCAAUAUCUGGCGGCCGAUCCAAACGAUCUACCGUGACCCGCUCGCAGUUUGUGACUCGCAUUCGGUUCCGGACGAGGACAUUGUCCCAGUGAAGCUGAUCUACCCAGACUGGGUAGGCGAGCCAUGCACUAUCCUGCCCAACGAGAAACACAGGUGGUACUACAAGUUUGCGCAGACGCCCGAAACUGUUAUGGCUAUCAAAUGCUACGAUUGGAAGAAGGACGGCCGUGCACGGCGGGUGCCGCACGCGGCCUUCACGGACUACGAGAUGAUGGACCGAGAUCCCCGGCAGAGCAUUGAGGUCCGCGCACUUGUAUUUCACGAGGAUGAUACGGUCCAGGGUCAACCAUGA